AUGUCCCGGUCACGGAAGCUGACCAGAGGGGCGCAGGAGUUGCUCCAGCUGGCGAGCCCUCGGAGCUCCUCCUCCGGGUCCGACGACGAGCUGGACUGCCAUAUUCGAGCGAUCGAUCCGGCGGAGCCGGAUGUCUAUCUCGAUGCAUUUUGGGGUCCAUUGUACUUCAAGAUGGAGCGGGUGCAUAAGGAGGGGAGCUCCCACCCGAGAUGCUCGGAUUACUUGCUGGUCAGCGUGUUCCUGUUUCUCAAUCUCUUUGUGCAGCUGGCCAUUGCUUUGCAGCUGGAUGAUGUCGCGCGGGAGUCUACCAGGGAUUUAGGACAUCACUUGCUGAAGAGCGCUUGCUGGAGAGUUUCAGAUCAUCAAGAUCUUCAAGGUGUGCUCUACCCAUCCGACAUGGAUGUGAGUGAUGCUUCGCACUUCGACUUUGAUUGUGUCCCACCUAUCAUGACGUUGUCCAUGUUUCCGGAAAUGCUGGACCUGAAUCGCGAUGGCUUCUGGUCGACGGAGGAAUGUGAGCAAUUGGAAUCCCAACUGCAAGGUUUGGGCAGUGACAUGGCGCAGAACAUGUCCGACAUCCUGGGUCGCAUGGUGCUUUUCGACCAGGUGCACCGCAUGGGCUCAAGUAGCAGCAAUGGCUCACUGGAGCUGGAGUUCUUUCGAGCCUUUCGAGGGCGAUUGCAGGCGUGUUUGACAGUGGAUCCCAACUUGUGUGGAAACCUGGAGGCCCGAGGACAUUUGCUUCAUCUCUUCCCAUCCUUGAGAACUGGACAUGACCGUGUGGAUGGGUGCAAGGCAAACUUCGAUGCAUUUUGCGCAAAGAUUUUCGGAGGUGACUUCAAUUGGAUUCAUUUCCAGACUGUCCGGCUGUGCGGUGAUGCACUCUCCUAUCGUGAAAAUGGAGUGAACGUGGUGCAAUAUGGACGAGUAAGGCAAUAUGAGGGAAAGAGAGAUUCGAUCCUUGGCCGGACCUUUGCUUCCUUUGUGGUUUUGUUGUCCUUUGUUUGGAUCAUGUUGAUGUUGAGAGAGUUCCGUGACAUCUACAACUUCACCUACGUGGUUUGGAGCCUCCCCUCCACGGGGAAUGCUGAUCCUCACUUUGCCUCCUUCGAGAACGAGAAGUUUCAGAUUCUUGAGUUGCCCAUGGGUCACAAGAUCUUCGCUCUUCUGGGCAUUUUGCUUCCAAGAUUCCUCAUCGCCUGCGUGAUCGCGUCGGUGGGCACCCGCUUUUUGGCGUCCACUGAUAACUUGCAUGAUAUCAUUGUGAACAGUACCGCCUUGGGUUUCAUCAUCGAGGUGGACAACAUGAUCCAUACUGCACUGCUGGGCGAUGGCUUCCAGAAGCAUGUCAUGGACCGGAGCGAGCGGAUCCAGGUGAACUCAGAGCCUCGCGGGCACAACGAGCCAUAUAGUGCGCUUUUGGUAGCCUUGUUGGUCACCGUGGGCUACACACUGUACGCCUAUUACAACCCUCAAGGUUUGGAAGCUAUUGGUCAGGGUCUGGAGUGCCUGUGCCAGCUGGAGGGCAACUGUUUCAGCCGCCAGUUGCUUUCAUGA